CACAGCCGCUAGCCUGCCAGUCGCUGCGCGCUGGGUGCUGUGUCUGGACAUUGUUGGUGCUAAACCGUGCAGUAUUUCCCCAUGUGUUUGUAAAGUUGUUGGUUCUUUGUUGUCAUCGCUAGUGUCUCGCCAUGACCAUCACGUACUCCGCCGAAGUAGCUAACAGCAGCCCCUUGGGAUGUUUUUGGAAGAUUUUAUGCAGGUGGCGAGGAAGCGUAUACAAACUUAUAUGGCGGGACUUCUUAGCUUACAUAAUUCUAUACUUCGUGAUUAGCUUAAUUUACAGAUACGCUCUCAACGAACCACAACAGAGGGUGUUCGAGAAGAUCCGCAUGUACUUCAGCCAGCAGAGCGAGAGCAUCCCCAUGUCGUUCGUGCUGGGCUUCUACGUGACGCUAAUCGUGCGCCGCUGGUGGGACCAGUACCGCCUGCUGCCGUGGCCGGACUCGCUGGCGCUGUUCGUCAGCGCCGCCAUCACGGGAGUGGACGAGCGGGGUCGCCUGAUGCGACGCAACAUUGUGCGCUACGCGAUGUUGUCUUACGUGAUCGCGCUCCAGAAAGUGAGUUUACGCGUGAAGAAGCGUUUUCCCACAUACCAGCACAUCGUAGACGCCGGCAUCAUGAUGGACAGCGAGCGGAAGAUCUUUGAGAUGAUGGAGGAGAAGACCAACAUGUCCAAGUACUGGAUGCCGCUCACGUGGGCCACCAACAUCAUCAACCGAGCCCGCAAGGAGGGCCUGCUGGGCAGCGACCACCUGGUGCAGACCAUCCUGACCGAGCUGUCCGACAUGCGGCGCCGCCUGGGCUCGCUCAUCGGCUACGACACCGUCUGCGUGCCGCUCGUGUACACGCAGGUGGUGACGCUGUCCGUGUACAUGUACUUCCUGUCCGCCGUGCUGGGCCGCCAGUACCUCAUCCAGAACUCCGACACGGACGCGCUGGACAUGUACUUCCCCUUCUUCACCGCGCUGCAAUUCUGCUUCUACAUCGGCUGGCUGAAGGUGGCCGAGGUGCUCAUCAACCCGUUCGGCGAGGAUGACGACGACAUUGAGCUCAACUGGCUCAUCGACAGACAUCUCAAGGCGGCCUACAUGAUCGUGGACGAGAUGCACGAGGAGCACCCCGAGCUGCUCAAGGACCAGUACUGGGACGAGGUGGUGCCGCGCGACCUGCCCUACACCGUCGCCUCAGAGCACUACCGCCGCAGCGAGCCCAAGGGCACCGGCGACCUGCUCAAGGUCAAGCCGCACGAGUCCACCUACGCCAACAUCUUCGUGGGCAAGAAGUCGCACCACUGCGAGGACAUCUACGCCGACUACGUGAGCGCCCCUUUCCCCCCGGCCGGCAGCCUGAAGAUGAACGGCGCGCCGGCGGCGGGCGUCAGGAACCGGCCGCGCAUCCCGACGCCCGACGUCACCAAGGAGGUGGUGGACCGCGAGCGCAUGGCGGGCAUGGGCUCCCAGCACUCGCAGCACUCCCAGCACCCGGCCACCUUCAUCGCCACCACGGGCGCCGACGGCUCCCCCGCCAUGAUGCAGGUGGUGCUGUCGACCAUCAGCGAGGACAGCCACGGGGGGGCGGGGGGCGGGGCCUCCGCGCUCGCGCAGUCCGUGCUGACGCCGACGCUGACGGGCGCCGGCCUGGACGCGCCCACGGCCGUCAUCUCGUCGCAGCCCUUCAACAUCUCCUUCAAGGCGGCGCCCUUCAACCUCACCACGCUGCCCUUGGCCCUGACGCCCGCCCAGAGGCGGCGGGCCGACCCCCCGGCUUCGCCCGAGGAGGACUCGGGGCUGGCGUCCGAGGGCGACGACCGCAGCCGCAAGACCAGCACGGCGUCCGAGACGCGCCGCAGCGAGGUGUACGUGUGAGGCCGGGCCGUGUCGCGGGCACGGCGGAGCCAACUCCCCCGUCUGGUUCUUGUCUUGCGCGCAGGUGGCUCGCGCUGCCUUGCAGUUGGCCCACGGAACUAUCGAACACACCCGACACAGAGGGCAGGGCGAGUGGCUGAAAGUCCCCUCCCCUCACUCAUUCCUUUACUGCUCGCAACAAACGCCCGAUAAUUUCAUUUUGUUUAUUUGAAAACUGGGAAAAAAAGUUAAAACGUUAAUUAGUUUCUGAGGAUUAGCCCUACCCUUCCAGUUUCCAGACCUGGUGCUGAUGUGAUGUAAGUAAAGAAUGAACAUGCAUUUCUUUGCCUUUAGUCUCCUGAAGGAAACGGAGUUAUUCCAUCUGUCACUUGACACGGAUGUGUAGCUUAAGGUUUUUGUACGUUUCGAUGCACUAUUCGCAGACAAUUUGUGAGAUUUUGGAUAGAAAUUCGGUCUGACUAAUGUGCUUAGAGAUAGAUAUUUUUAUACUCCACAAUGUGCCGACUGUCCACGCUAUGUAUAAUUUUUUUGACAGUUCUUGUUGCGAAAAAGUCGCAUUCUCGGCCACGUACACAAGUCUGCACGUACAACACAGAAACACAUAAACCGGCAGGUCUAGUGUAUUGGGACCUCCCCUGAACUGAGCAGCGCGACACUUAAGUUUAUAGUUUGUGUAUAUAGCCUUAUUCUGUAAUUAGUUCAAAAACAAGCUACACAGUAUACAGCUAUACAAGUUGUGAAUUAAUUUGUAACGUCUUUGGUUCUAGAACUCUUUCUUUCUUUGAUUCCUCUCUUUUCCAGAAGAAUAUCUUGUGCGCCGUUUUGGGCUCGCAUGUACAAGGUUGUCACAAAAUCAUUUCCCCCACCCCCUCAUUUUUCUUUAACACGCCAAAUGUCACCAACAGAGACAGGAUAAAGGGCGAAAUUUAAUGUAAUGGGUUAUUACAUACGAGACGUGGGCGUAUUGACUAUUUGCCGCUAGUCAUUAGUUUCUGUUAGAGAAGGUAUUGUCUUUUUGGCCUGGUGUGGCAUCAGAGACUCCUGAGUUCCGUGGCUAAGUCAGAGUAAACAAAAGAGACAAUAAUAUAUCACACAAUCAAGCAUGACUUCAAACAGUAACAUCCAAAUGUUCCCCUGAGUGUACACAGAGCCGUACAGACAAGACUACCGGCCAUUGAAAUCCACAAAUUUUUCAUUUCUCUGAUUCGUCAGUUGUUGGCGUAGGUGGCAAAUCUGGCUGCUGUAAUUUGAACCCCGAUCGAAGCUAAGCUGUGAUUACGGAGCUCGGACAGUCGUGGGCAAGAUUUCAGUCAUUCUCCGUUGUUCCUAUCUGGGAAUGGACGUUUAAAGGAUAUUUCGAUGUACAUAGCUCGAGUAAGAAUGAUGAACUUCGCUGUGAAGCUGUGGUUAGCUCUCGCUUGAUUGCGUGCGCGACCAUGCUAAAUAAAUGUUGCUUUUGUGAUUAUACGAUAAUAGUAUUACUACAGAUUAUUCAUGUUAAAUUUCCUGUUCUCAGUGCAACCACACGAGUGGUAUUUUGUUAAUCUUAUGAAGGUCUCUUUUCAGUUACAGUAAUGCUGUUUUUAUGUUAUGCAUUAUGUGUGUAAAUAAUGCCAUAAAUUCUUUCUAAAUAUUUUGUAACCUAUUUGAAUACUUAUUAAGUUUUAAAUGUAUGUAGUUACUUUUUCCUUUUCAAUUGCAGGUGGCAGUGUUUCAAAUGGAUAGCAUUUUUCUUAAAAAAAUUUCUGUGGUAGACUUUGGUUAAAAUAUUUAUAUCUAAAUUUAGUAUUUAGUAUUUAUGUGAGCCAAAUUACCUAUUUUAAAAACUGUCCACAGUGAAUAUUGAAUAGUCUUGCCUUCAGUGUAUAUAAAAUAGCAAAAUGUCUUAUUUAUAUAAUUUUUGGAAUUGUGUGCAUGGGAAAAACGUAAUUUUGAAGUGUUUUCACGACUGCAUUUGAAUUUUAAAGAUACACGGAAAAUUCUGUGCCUUGUUGACAUCAAGGUUUUGAUUUAGAAUUUUUCAUGUCUUGGCAGUUUGUGCUGUAAAUAGUUGUUAUUGUAUAUAAUGUUGCUACAAUCAUUUUGUGAUUGGCUGUACAUUUCUGUUGUGCGAAUCAUGUCGAAUUUAAAUAUGUUUUCGAGGUUGUUUACUAAGUGUUGAUGUUUUAUUAGGAACACUUCAAUACUGGACUAGUUUUGAGUGUUUGCUGUUGUUUUAAGAAACCGGAGAGGAUACAAUGUUUCGUGAUUAGUAACAUUAGCUAGAUGCAAUUCUCAGAAGAGACUGUUUAGUAAGAGAAUGUUCAGUAACUAUUGUUACAGUUUAGUGAGUUAGUAAUUUAUACGUACUGUUUUGUUUGUUGGAAUAUUUGUAAAUUUCUUGUGGUUCAGAAUAUACUUCUAUAAAUAUUCAAUUGAUGUUUUAUCAAUGAAUAUUUUAAGUAAUACAAAUAUUAACAAAGUUAUUUAAAUAUGUGAUUAUAGUUCUUCCGCAAGAUGUAUGAUUGCAGAAAAAAAAUCUAGAGAACAUAAAUGAGCAUUUAUGUACCUCAUUUCAUGAUGGUUAGUGCUACAUAGUACUUAAAUGACUUAUGAUGUGUUAUGAUAACAACGCUAUAUGUGUGGACUGCAGGACAUAGUUUUUUACUUUCAAUUUACAUUUUUUCCUAACUAAUUUUAGUUUUAUGGGUACUUUACCUUCCUGGUUACCCAAACAAUAGUUAAAACAUGAUACAUCCUAAAACCAAUUUGUAAUGUAAUAAUCAAAUCAUAAAAUGAGUUUAUUAUGUAUCUAUCUCUAAAGCAAAAUUUUUUUUUUUUUUUUAGAAAAAAAUUAAAAGUGAAAUACCG